UUAUCAAAUCUGCCAUGGAGGACUAUCACAGACGUACCUGCAUUCGAUUCGUGCCACAUAGCGGCGAGGAGGACUACAUUACCAUUGACAGCGAUUUCUCGGGCUGUUGGUCUGCUGUGGGGCGCAUCGGCGGGCGGCAGAGGCUUAAUCUACAGAUACCUGGAUGUCUUCGACGCUACGGCACUGUGCUCCACGAACUGAUGCAUGCACUUGGAUUCCUGCACGAGCAAAGCCGCAUGGAACGUGAUGACUAUGUGACGAUUAAUUACGAAAAUAUACGCCCUAAGGCGUGGAAAAACUUUAGAAAGGCGGACAUUACUGAGGCAUUCGGAGUGCCCUACGAUUUCGACAGCCUUAUGCACUACUCAGCCCGAGCCUUCUCAUGGAAUGGCCAGCCGACAAUAACCAUAAAGCAAGCGGAAAACAACAUUCGACUGGGUCAGCGUGUGGCAUUUUCUGAUAAAGAUUUAGAUAAAAUAAAUAGGAUGUAUGCGUGCGAUUCUCGGCUAACAACUCCGCCUGCUGAUGUCUCAACUUCCACUCCCGAGCCAGAAAGUUCAACGGAAACAUCAAGCAGCUCUAGUAUAGACUCCAAUAAUUGGAUCGACUUGUUCAUCAGCAGUUGGGGCUUGGGAGGAAACCUCAUAGAGAUCCCAGAAGUAUAA